UUUGCUUGUUGUCUUUAUCCUUUUCCAACUUUUGCUUUUUCUUUUUUCCUGCUAAAAUUAAACAAAUAGGUAGGUCGCACAACAAAUAAGAGAGAAGGGUGGAGACGACGACGAAGAACAAUCAAAAUCAAUCAAUUCCAUGGAAAUCGAGGUCUCCAGCUCGACUCCUGAUUCAGUCGAGUUAGAUAGCAUCCGUGUCAAGCGUAAGACGUUGCAGAAUCUGCUCGAGGAUUGCCAGAGAGCUCUCGAGCUGCUCAAUCUCACCGAUACUGCUCCCGAUAGCUCCCAAGAGGAUAAUAACAUCGACUCACCUGAGAGGGAAGAAGAAGAAGAGUUUUCUUCUUCUUCCGAUCCUGAAGCCGAUAAAUUGUAUGAUCUCAUCAGAUCUAGAGUCGAAGGUCAUGACUUUCGGGAAAAGAUUGAGUUAGCUCAAGUCUCUCUUCUCCAUGAUCUUCCUGAUGGUAGCUCUUGGGACGUAGUUAGUGAAGAUGAUGUAUGGGGGGUUGAGGGUCAAACGGAAGAUGAUUAUGUUCUUGUUAGGGAAGAAGAUAUUGCUGACGGUAUCGCUUGUUUCAUGGCUACUUAUUUGUCUUCCCUUAACCAGACUAAGGAUAUAUCACCUGAUCAGCUUCAGAAAGCACUUAGCACGAUGUUUUCAGUGAAGAAGCGAAAGGGGAAGCUUCGUAAAGCAUGGGAAGGAAGUAAAGUUAUUUACAACGUUGCAUCCUGGAGUGCUACUGCCAUUGGGAUAUAUCAAAACCCGAUGAUCCUGAGUAUUGCAUCCAAAGCCUUCUGGGUGUCUUGCAAGGCCAUAUCAAAGCUUGUCUGAAAAAAACCUGAAUUGGGAACACACGUCUCACUCGCAUGUUGCUCAUAAGUUACAACUUUCUCAACUCAGCAAAUGUUUUAUAUCAUCAUUCUGAUUUAUCUGUACAUAUUCCAUUUGUUGCCUCUUUCUAUGUGAAUCUGUGAUGUUAUCGUCAACAUGCAAUGUUAAAAGAUUAGUUUGAUCUCAAUCUUCUUCAUAUCACCACAUUGUUUGGUGUUGUUUAAA